UAGGCUUUGCUGAGCUUUGCAGCAUUCCGACUGUAUGGUUCUCGGGUCGUGCGCUCGUCGUAAUUCGAGAAAGCAAGAAUCACAUCCGGAGCUGGUCAAGCAAGACAGACGUCCAGUCUCACUUUGGCAGAAUCGCAGGUUGAAGAGUAUCUGGCCUGCUCAAGCAGAAGAAGCAGAAAACUUUCAGACACAAGUAUGGCCGCACUGCUUCUUCUCGUCUCUGUUUUGAUUUCACGUCUUGGAGCAUGUCAGCAACAGCACAAUUGGGCACAAUACGUCAAUCCAUUCAUUGGUGGCGAGGGCGUCAUCCCAGGCCUCGCGUACGGCGGCGGCGAUAUUUUCGUUGGCGCUUCUCGCCCUUUCAGUCUUGCCAAGGUCGGAAUCGACACUUACGAGCCCAAUAUCUCCUUUGCUUCCAUCAAUGGCGGCUGGACACCUCAAGGCAUUGUUACGGGCAUCAGUAUGAUGCAUGUAAGCGGAACGGGUGGAGCGCCGAAGUACGGGAUUAUUUCGCAGAUGCCAUUGACAAGUCUAGAGGAAGAUGUCAAUUUGCUUGAUAAUACGACUUAUUGGCAAAAGAGAGUCAACGGGAGUGAGAGCGCGAGUGUGGGAUUUUACGGCACGACGUUGGAGAAUGGAGUGAGACUGGAGGUUGCUAGUGGUAGGAGGAGUGGAUUACUCCAAUACGGAUUCCCGAGAAACUUACAAGAGCAGCACGUUCUGGUUGACGUCUCUCACUUGUUACCAGAGUUACAAGGAAGAAAUACUGGACAAUUCUACGCUGGAGGCUCAUUUUCAUUGGAAGAUGGCGGGAGGCGGUAUUUUGGUUGGGGAUCCUACGGGGGAGGCUUCAGCAACAGUGCUCCAGCCACGACGUACUUUUGCGGUGAGUUCGAUCAGACUCCGGCCCAGGCAAGGACUUUUCGAGGAAGGAACACGAUGCCUGUCAUGAGGCAGCAUACAUUAGCGAAUGAGCCGAUCCCUUAUCCAACCUUUCGGAACAGGACGAAAGAGGAGUCGGGACCGCUGACGGAUCGUGUUGGAGCGAUCUUCUCGUGGUCCAUAGAAUCCUCCAAUGUCAUCAAGUCGAGGAUUGGAAUAUCCUUCAUGUCGGCGGAACAGGCUUGUUCGAACAAGGAUGAAGAAAUCGAGAGCUGGGAACUGCAGGAUCUGGUCGACGAGGCUGUAGAAGAGUGGAAUCGCGAUGUGUUCAGCAGGAUACAGGUUCCAGUGGAUGAGUCUCAGAACCGGACGGAUCUCGCUCUGUUAUAUUCGAACAUGUACUUCGCCCAUUUGAUGCCAUCUGAUCGACGUGGCGAAAAUCCUUUAUCGGAAGCAGAGGACCAUUGGGAUGAUUUCUAUACGGCUUGGGACAUCUUUCGAUGUACCACUUCACUGUACCAUCUGAUUCAACCCGAGAGGUAUCAGAGUAUGAUACGUGCGCUGAUCGAUAUCUGGAAGAUUGAAGGAUACUUGCCUGACGGUCGCAGUGGGGAGUACAACGGUCUGGUCCAGGGAGGGUCGAAUGCCGACAACAUACUUGCGGACGCAUACGUGAAGAACUUGCCCGACAUCAACUGGAAAGAAGCCUACCAGGCAAUGGUCAAAGACGCCGAAGUGAUGCCGUUCAACGAUUUCUCAUAUCGAGCUCAGGAUGCAAGUAAUGAACACGGCCGAGGAGCGCUCGACGACUGGCUGGAGCUAGGCUAUGUCUCGGUCGAUCAUUACUCUCGCAUGAUAUCGCGAACGAUCGAGUACUCCCUCAACGACUUCAGCCUCUCCCAAGUCGCCCGGGGCAUCGCCCCCGACGAUGUCACCAAAUACCUCAACCGUAGCUCCAACUGGCAGAAUAUUUGGGCCCACAAUCUUACCCACAAAUCAUUCACCGGCUUUCCAGCCCCUCGUCUCUCGAACGGCCAAUUCAACCUGACAGACUACAAUCCCGCCAAGUGCGGCGACUGCUCCUGGAAAAGCCUCACAUACGAAGCCACGCCAUUUGAGUACGCUUUUACUGUUCCACAGGAAAUGUCAACUCUCAUCGAGUUCAUGGGCGGGCCCUCAGAAUUCGAACGCCGCCUAGAAUAUAUCUUCGAUCCCACCAGUGGAGAAGAAGACCUGGGAGCGAACGGAGCCGGCAUUACGACGAUCAUGAAUAUCGGGAAUGAGCCUGAUUUUGCUACGCCAUAUGAAUUCCACUAUAUCAACAAACAAACCAAGUCAGUGAGAUACUCCCGUGAACUCGGAGAUCAAUACUUCAAGAACGCCACUUAUGGAAUCCCGGGCAACUCCGAUGCAGGUGCGAUCAAUAGCUGGAUGAUUUGGCUUAUGAUUGGAAUGUACCCUGUGGUCACGCAGCCGGUGUAUCUGAUUGGGAGUCCUUGGUUCAGCGAUAUCAAUAUUACUGUGAAUGUUGACAAGACAUUGAGGGUGAAAGCGGAGACUUUGGACAACGCAGAGAGAUAUUUCGUGAAGAAGGUGAAGAUCAAUGGGCAAGAAUGGGAGAAGAACUGGUUUAAGCAUGACGAUUUGAUGGUUGAGGGAGGUGUGAUUGAGUUUGAGAUGGGGAGUGAAAUGGUGGAGUGGGAGAAAGGUGUGGUACCGCCUAGCCCAGGGCAUGUUGAGAGGGAGAGGGUGAAGUAGGCAGAACUUUGUGAGCACGUCAUCUCGAUCGAGAGGGCUCCUGGAUGCUCACACACAGGCUAUAGACUCCAAGUGCUGGCCGCAGA